CAGUCAAAUACGUUAUCUCGGAUAAGCCCCCCCGAAUGAAUGAUUACACCAAUAAACAGAUUCUAGAACCCUCUUCCACUAAAACCCUCGAUCUCUGAAAUAAAUUCAUUCAUUCUAGAGGUUUAGCCCCAAAUUGUUUGUAGGUUUUCAAUUUCAUAGGGUGGGUAAUUUGCUCCAGAAAAGAGCUCCUGCAUAGCAUCCUGUGAACAAAUUUGGUUUCCAAGCACCUUUUUUUUUUAAGGUUAAGGACCUCUUACCCAGAGGUCGCUUGGCUAAAUUUGUAGCGUUUUUAUUUCAGACAGAAUAUUUAUUCUUUUGUAGUUUGAGAACAGUGACACUAGUCAGAGAUGUUGGCCUCUGCUUCUAGUGUUGCUUCUUCUUCACCUUCCAUUCGUCUUGCAACUCUUAGUCGACCGGGAAUUUCUAAAACAUCUCAAAGGCGUGGCUUUUGCGUGGCCUCUGUAUCCAAAAACGGGUUUAGAAGUGGCACUUCAACUGGUUGCAAUCGAUUUAGCCUGGGUUUUGCUAGAACUUCGUUGUCAAGAAGACUCAUAGCUGGCAACGUUAGAUGCGAGGCGACCGUAGUAGAAAAUGAAACACUUCAUACUCCCGUUGAGAAGCAUGAAUAUCAAGCUGAGGUCAGUAGGCUGCUGGAUUUGAUUGUUCACAGUUUGUACAGCCACAAAGAAGUUUUCCUUCGGGAACUUGUCAGUAAUGCAAGUGAUGCUCUUGAUAAGCUGCGUUUUUUGAGUGUAACCGAGCCAGAGUUACUUGCAGAAGGGGGUGGUGACUUGGAAAUUCGUAUCAAACCAGACCCAGAGAAUGGAACCGUUACUAUAAUGGAUAAUGGCAUUGGCAUGACCAAAGAAGAACUAAUUGACUGUCUUGGAACUAUAGCUCAGAGUGGAACCAAAAAGUUCUUACAAGCUUUGAAGGAAAACAAGGCCGGUCCUGACAAUAACUUGAUUGGACAAUUUGGUGUAGGGUUUUACUCUGCCUUUCUUGUUGCUGAAAAGGUGGUUGUUUCCACAAAAAGCCCAAAAUCUGACAAGCAAUAUGUGUGGGAGGCUGCAGCAGAUGCUAGCUCCUACCUAAUAAAAGAGGAGGUAGAUCCAGAAAAUCUUAUCCUUAGAGGGACUAAGAUUACUCUUUAUUUAAAGCCGGAUGACAAGUUUGACUAUGCGGAUCCUCAAAGGAUUCAGAAGCUUGUAAAAAAUUAUUCACAGUUUGUUUCUUUCCCAAUAUACACAUGGCAGGAAAAAUCUCAGACAAAAGAGGUUGAGGACGAUACUGUGGAAGUUAAAGAAGGGGAGGAGAAGAAAACUAAGACAGUCACAGAAAAAUACUGGGACUGGGAGUUGGCAAAUGAAACGAAGCCUAUUUGGAUGCGCAAUGCAAAAGAUGUCCCAGGAGAAGAGUACAAUGAAUUUUAUAAAAAGACAUUCAAUGACUUUUUGGAUCCUCUGGCAUAUUCUCAUUUUACAACUGAGGGUGAAGUUGAGUUCAGAAGUGUUGUCUACAUCCCUGGUAUGGCUCCUCUUAGCUCGGAUGAAGUAAUGCAACCCAAGACUAAAAACAUCCGUCUAUAUGUAAAGCGAGUUUUUAUUUCUGAUGACUUCGAUGGUGAAUUGUUUCCACGCUACUUGGGCUUUGUUAAGGGUGUUGUGGACUCAAAUGAUCUUCCUCUUAAUGUCUCCAGAGAGAUCCUUCAAGAAAGCCGUAUUGUUCGUAUUAUGAAGAAGAGACUUGUCCGAAAGACAUUUGAUAUGAUUCAGGAUAUUGCACAACGGGAAAAUAAAGAGGAUUAUAAAAAAUUCUGGGAGAACUUUGGAAAGUAUAUUAAAUUAGGCUGCAUUGAGGAUUCAAACAAUCACAAGCGUAUUGCUCCGCUUUUACGUUUCUUCUCCUCAACUAAUGAAGAUGAGCUGAUUAGCCUGGAUGAUUAUAUUGAAAACAUGAAAGAAAGUCAAAAUGCCAUUUAUUAUAUUGCAUCGGACAGUAUCUUAAGUGCCAAGAGUACUCCAUUUUUGGAAAAGCUUGUCCAAAAAGAUAUUGAGGUUCUUUUUCUCGUGGACCCCAUUGAUGAGGUUGCUAUUCAAAAUCUUCAGAGUUACAAAGAAAAGAAAUUUGUUGAUAUUAGUAAAGAAGAUUUAGACCUGGGUGAUAAAGAUGAACUGAAAGAAAGAGAAGAUGAAAAGAAAUAUGUGGCCCUUUGUGACUGGAUGAAGCAGCAACUGGGGGAGAAAGUAGCAAAAGUUCAAGUAUCAAAACGCUUGAGCUCGUCUCCAUGUGUGCUUGUUGCAGGCAAAUUUGGAUGGUCAGCAAAUAUGGAAAGGCUUAUGAAAGCACAGACACUUGGGGAUACAUCUACUCUCGAGUUCAUGCGUGGGAGGCGAAUCUUGGAGAUCAACCCAGAUCAUCCAAUCAUUCAAGAUCUCAAUUCCGCAUGCAAAGAUGAUCCUGACAACUCCGAAGCGCACAGGGCAGUUGACCUUUUAUAUGAUACUGCAUUGAUAUCGAGUGGAUUUGCUCCUGAGAAUCCAGCUGAGUUAGGUGGUAAAAUAUACGAGAUGAUGGCAAUGGCACUUGGCGGAAGAUGGAAAAAUACAGAAAAAGUUGAGUCAGAGGAAGUUGAGCCUUCCCCUGCAACUGGAGAUUCUGAAGCUCCAGAAACAGAGGUUGUUGAGCCAUCUGAAGUGUUAACUGAGAGUGAUCCUUGGAAGGAUUAAGAAGAAUCUUCCUAAACAUACUGGGAAGGAGAUGUUAUACGCUUUAGAUGCAAUUUUACUAGUGUAGAAAAUGAUUUGUUCACCUUGCAAGGGUUAAAAUCUUGAGAGUUUCUGGAAGCAGCUUUAUUGAGUGGCAUCUGUAUCCAUCGAGGAAUUUUGUUAGAUGAUAAUUCAUUUGAGGGAAAGGUUGGGGCAGGUAUAGGAUUCAAUUGCUAGGCUGAAGGUUUAAAUUGGUCUGGUAAAAAUUUCAGGCCUUAACUUGUGAUCUAAUCAAUAAUCUUGUUAACAGACAUCUCAAAGCUUCUAAAAGAUUUUUCGCUUGAUCUUUUAUGAGUCUCUUGAAUCUGUAUUCUGCAUUUCAUCAGUACGGUCUUCUAGUUUGCAGGUUUAUCAAUGACAAAGAAAAUUGUGCAAUAUUUUUAACA